AUGGCGGAUUCCAGCACUGCAAACGCCCCGGUCGCCGCGGCGGCCGAAGCCCCCAAGAAGAUUUCCCCCAAGAUCAGAUACAAGGUUGAGUGCGAGGACUCGUACGGCCCCAACUUCGAUUGCAAGCAGGAUGAUACGCCAUUCGACUUGCAAGUGACAGCAGGCCCGACCGACAUCGACGAGACGAUGCCUGUGUUCGAGAUCAUCACCUCGAUAAAAGUCGCCUCCAAGCGGCCCAAAUACGCAGACUACAUGAAGAUGUUCAACGCAGAAGGCCCUAUGAAUCUCGAAGACUCGGACGACGAGGAUGAGUCCAGUGCUAAGGAGAAGGAGAAGGAGAAGCCGAAGAAGACGCUGGAGGGCAAGCGGAUCCUCGAUGUUAACGAGACGAGGAUGGUCAUCCAUUCACCGCUGCUCCUGACUGCUAUCAGGGAGGUUGUGGAGUACUACCCGAGGCAGAACCUGACUGGUGACACCAUCACCGUCCACGAGCCAUACUGCGCCCUCGUGCAUCACAUCACCGAGCUCCGAAACUACAGCAAUAACCUUGCCCUCGAGCGGACGCCUGCCGGCGCAGAUGAGUCAGAGAAGACUGAUACCGAUGUCACGUACGAGCACCUCCAGAUCCUCCUUGACUUCCUCGACCCGCACGUAGAGAAGACGGUGCUGCCAGCACGCCGCCGUCUCAAGAAGGAUGAGGCCACGGUGACAUUCGACGACCUCUGGUACCUGAUGCGGCCGGGAUCGCUUGCCUAUGCGAAGUACGAAGACAUCUGGCUGGGCGUCAUGAUCAAGGAAGCCGAGUCUCUCCCCGCUGACAGCGAGGGCGCACCGCCAAAGUGGAAGAUCACCGGCUGGUGUAUGGACAACUCGUGGUACACGCGCUGCGUCGGCUACGCCGAGGUCAGCGUCGACAUCCCCUUCUUCGAGGGCGAAAAGCACGUCACCAGCCUCCCCAUCUAUCCGCGUGAGUUCUCCGACAAGACCGACGCCAACGCGCGGCGCGAGAAGUUCGAGGCCCGCGGACGCAAGAUGCGGGACAUCCUCUGGCACGGCCACGCAUACGUCACCUAUGAGGGCGAGUGCAUGGACGAGAAGAAGCGCGUGUACAAGGGCCCGAUGAUGGCCGAAGCCACCAUCCCCUCGGGUGAGACGGUCCCUGACCACAAGUGGUCCCUGACCUGGGACUACAGCCUCGAGGAUGGCCGCGUCGAUCCCAAGCAACGUCCCGGAUUCCCGCAGCCCAUCUACAUUAACACCGAGAACCACUCUCGCGAGCUGCUGACCGACGACCACCUCUUCCUCAUGUGCCCCGUCAUGCCCGGCUUCGCUUUGGCCGAGAAGUUCUGGUCGCCGGUGCACAUCGACCACAUGCAUCCGGUCGAGGAGCCCAAGUACGCUGUCCCUGACGCCAACAUCGGCGACGAGAACAGCGAGAUCAUCAAGGCACUGUCCCACCGCCAGCUGAAGUCGAAGGUCAAGUGGACGGCCGAUUUCGUGCAGCACAAGGGCGCCGGCGUGGCCGUCCUUCUCUACGGUCCUCCCGGUGUCGGCAAAACCUACACCGUCGAACUCACUGCGCUGCACACGCGGCGGCCCAUGGUGAGCCUGACGAUUGGCGACCUCGGUACGAACGAGGAGAGCAUCGAGACCGAGAUUACGAAGUGGUUUGAUCUCGCCCAUCGCUGGAAGGCGGUGCUGCUGAUCGACGAAGCCGACAUCUUCCUCGAGCGCCGCAGCACCGAUCUCGCCCGCAACGGCAUCGUCACCGCCUUCCUGCGCAAGAUGGAGUACUUUGGCGGCCUGCUGUUCCUGACCACCAACCGCGUCGAGCACAUCGAUGAUGCCUUCAUGUCGCGUGUGCACGUCGCCAUCGGCUUCGAGAAGCUCGAUGUCGCCAAGAGGCGCGGCAUUUGGGCCUCGUUCUUGGACAAGCUGGAGCGCGAGGCGAAGGGCCAGAUCGCUGUGAGUGAGGAGGCGAGGAAGUUUGUCCUGGAGAGCGACGAGAUGGCUGAGGUCGAGUGGAAUGGACGCGAGAUUCGUAACGCAUUCCAGUCGGCUAUUGCCAUUGCCGAGUACGAGGCAUCCAAGGAUCCGGACUUCAAGGAGGAGGUCGACGAGAUUGUGGUCCAGAUUGAGCAUUUCCGCAGGGUGAUGCUGAUGAGUAAGAAGUUCCGUGAUCAUGUCGAGAAGGCGAGGAAAGACAAUGAGAGCGAGUGGAGUGAUUUGUGA